CAACAACAACAACAACAAUAAAACUGUUUAAAUGCACAAAAUUAUCGAAUUUGUGUUGUUUACAAAACGUUAAACAUUUGUUGUUUACUACUGUACGACAGUUUUAAGCAUUAAAAGAGUAUUUGUUUGUUUGGAACAUGUCAUCAAAUCAACUGCGAAUAUUGGUGAGUGGUGAUGUGGAAGGCCAAUUUGACCAGUUGUUUUCACGAGUGAACAACAUUCAAAAAAAGAGUGGCACAUUUGAUAUGCUGAUAUGUGUUGGAGAGUUUUUUGGAGAAAAGAAUAAUGAAUGGGAAGCCUAUGCAUCAGGAAAAUCAAAAGUUCCACUGCCUGUGUUAUUAUUGGGACCAAGUAACUCUGAGAAUGUAUCACACUUCAAGGACGUGAAAGGGGGGGAAUUAUGUCACAAUGUUACCUACCUUGGAAAAAAAGGCAUCUACACGGGUAGCUCAGGCCUGCAGAUUGCAUACUUGAGUGGCAAAGAGUCUGUGAUCAUAUCAGACGAGACCAGCUUUAACAAUGUGGAUAUUUCAGCCUUAACAGAACCUGUGAAGAAUGACACUAAGUUCAAAGGUGUUGACAUACUUAUCACUUCACAGUGGCCAAAGGGUGUGGAAAAAUAUGGAACAGCUGUGGAGGGCUUUGAGUCAGAAAGUGUUGGCUCAGAGGCUAUUGCCCAGUUAUCCCUUGCUCUGCGACCACGCUACCACUUCUGUGGACUGGAGGGGGUGCACUAUGAGAGACAGCCCUACAGAAACCACAAGGUCCUUGCAGAGGGGGCCAGGCACGUGACAAGGUUUAUUGCUCUGGCAAAGGUUGGGAAUCAAAAGAAAAGCAAGUAUCUGUAUGCAUUCAACGUUGUACCGCUGUGCCAAAUGGAGCAGUCAGAGCUGGUUUCCCAGCCCCAGGAUGUGACUGAAUGCCCGUACAAGAGCAAAUCAUUCCAGGGCCAGCAAAAAGAUUCAAUGGAACAGCAGUUUUUCUAUGAUAUGAAGUCUGGUGGCGGAGAAAAACGGAGACAGGGAGAGGGUGGACAGGACAGGCAGAACAAGAAACACAAACCCAUACCAACAGGCCCGUGCUGGUUCUGUCUUGGAAGUCCAGAAGUAGAGAAGCACCUUGUGGUCAGUGUUGGAGAACAGACUUAUCUAGCCCUUGCCAAAGGUGGUCUUGUCCCGGACCAUAUACUGAUCCUGCCCAUCGGCCACUACCAGUCCAGUGUGACAGCACCAGAUGAGGUGAUGAAUGAAAUUGACAAGUUCAAGAAAGCUUUGAAGAAAUGUUUCAAAAAGCAGGGAAAGGCAGUUGUCUUCUUUGAGCGAAAUUUCAAAACACAACAUUUACAAAUACAAGCUGUACCAGUGCCUGCAGACAGUGCUCAGGAGGUGAAGGACAUGUUCACAGAGUGUGCCGAGGCUGAGGGCAUAGAAAUCAACGAGAUACCCGUGCACUCAGACAUCAAACAGAUUGUACAGAUGGGUGUCCCAUAUUUCUAUGCAGAGCUGCCUCUAGGUGAGAAGAUGUACUGCCGUAUACAGGCCUCACAGAAGUUCCCUCUGCAGUUUGGGAGGGAGGUGGUGGCGAGUCCAGGCAUUCUCAACAUGCCAGAGCGUGUGGACUGGAAGGUGUGCAGUGUCUCCAAGGCUCAGGAGCAGACGCAUGCAGCAGACUUUAAAACCAUGUUCAAGAAGUACGACUUCACGAUAGAUUAGAUAUGGGUCAAGGAUGGAAUGCAUUUACCCUUUCAGUGCGGGAACCGAAUUUUGAAGGUCUUUGCAAACAGUUUGGAUCCAGAUGAGACGCCACAGAAUGUGGCGUCUCAUCAGGAUCCAAACUGUUUGCUAUUCUGAUAGUAUUCUUUGAAAAAAAUCUUAGAAAAUGCUUAUUUUAGAAAUUCAGCAGACGACAUUUUAGCAGAAGACAAAUUUCCCAGCAUGCAAAGGGUUAAUACUUGAUGAAGAAAAGAUUGAUUUGAUGAGACUCCAUGCUUGAGAUGGUCAGGCAACUUAUGGUGUGGAUUUUAAGGAUGCAAGACAGGAAAACAAGUUUAAGAAGUACAACUUCACAAUGGAUUAGAACUUUGCCAAGGAAAUAAUGACUUUAUACCUCAUGCAACUUGAUGCAUAUGGAUUUGAUAUUAUUAUCUGAUGUUAUUCUUACCGUAAAAACAAUUGUUUCAACAAACAUCUUGUAGUGAAAAAUAUGUUAAAGUAAUUUGUACAAUACUGCAUGGUAUUUUACAAGGACUGCACAGGCUAAUCUAGGACAACAGUUUAGGCACAUGUACUAAACCCUUUUUCAAAGGGCAAGGCCAAUGUAGUGUCAUCGGAAACACCUGUAUCCGCAUCUCGAAUAUCGUGGUCACACACAGCGGUCAAAUAUUGGCGUUAUACAGCUGUCUGUAUGCUUUCAUGCCAUAAUGGUAUCUGUCAAGCAGUAAACAGAGAUAUAUGUUGCCCUUAUUCUUUAGUGUAGGUCUGAAAAAAGGUCAGAGGGGUAAAAGCCCAUAUCAACUGAAGACAAACCAUAUAUACUAGCUCUACAUUUAUUGCUGUGCACAUAUAUAUACAUGAGACAUCAAAUUGCUUAACAACAAUGUAAAUUCAAACAUGAUUCGUUUAAUGGCAUGAUAAAUAUUGCAUAUUAAAUUUCAUUGAAAUAGCUGAAAUGUAAUGAUUACAAAAUAAUAAAUUCAGAUUGAUUUUGAUUGAGAUUCUACUCUCCAAUAUAUUACUAAAUCUUAUAUAAUGUUAAAUUAUUAAAGCUUAUGUACCGUUUAAUAGUUGGAAGCUCAUGUGCAAAAAAUCAAUUUGCAUUCCCAUUAAAUCAACAAAACAAAAUAAAGCAUGUCUGGAUUUGUUGUGAUUUUUUUGUGUAAAGAUGGGUUUGGAACAAUUUUACUUCAGAAAAAGAACAAGAGAUGUGUUUGUCAGAAACACAAUGCCCCCUAUUGCGCUGCUUUGAAGCCAUACAUUUGAUCUUUGACCUUGAAGGAUGACCUUGAUCUUGACCAUUCACCACUCAAAAUGUGCAGCUUCAUGAGAUACAGAUGCAUGCAUACAAAUAUCAAGUUGCUAUCUUCAAUAAUGCAAAAGUUAUUGCAAAAACUUUAACCAAGGUUAAAGUUUUGGGACACUUCAAAAAUAUUGUUAAUGCUUUAGAUAUCUAUCAAACACUUUGGUAAUUGAAUAAAUACCAUUGCAUACAAUAAUGCUAUAUUUUUUAUAUUUUAUACUUAUUGCAAAUCAGUCUUAAAAUAAUACAUAAAAUGUUUGCCAUUUACAAAGAGGCAUUUGAGACCAACCAUAAUGGAUUUCGUAUACUGUAUAGUGUGUGCAGACUUAACUGCAAUAUCUGAGUAGGUCACUCCAUAUUUGACAUCAAUAACUAGAUAAAAUGAUAGACUUAUUGGUGUCCUGUGAAUAUUUUGCAUUUUUUUCAAUUAACUAUGUGUUUUUUUGCAUGAACAAAAUAGCACUAACAAGAGAUUGCCAAGCAAUAUGGUCGGUCCCCUACCGGUGAAACUCCACCAUUGUCAGAUUUUUUUUAUAUUUGUUUCCAUAGCCAACAGAAUUCUUGACAUAGGAACAAAAUGAAAUGACGUGCAUAAUCUCCAUAUCAUAUUGCCAUCUAUCCAUGUU